AGCUUGCAGAAAAAACUUCUGUGGAACCUGUGAGGCUUGCAACUACAAGAUGAAUUCGGAGUGUGUAAUUGGUGAUGGAAAAAAAAUGGAAAGUCACAUAGUUACAUCUGUGCCCCCUAACCAUCGCUUCCGAGAGCCAGAGAAGGCUGUUAAAACUAUCACCGAUAUGGCUGUUUGGGAGAAGUCUGAGGCAUACAUGGAAUAUACAGGAUUUAUUGCGACAAUCAAUGAAUCUAUCAAAAGCAAACCUUUGUCAGUUGACUGCAAAGUGAACAACAAUGUCAAGCAACUAUUACAUGUGCUGGAAGAGAUAAAUAAAAUGAUAGACGAGUUUCCCCCUGUUGAACAGCCUCAAAGAUUUGGAAACACAGCUUUUAGGGAUUGGCUUGAUAAAGUCAAAUCCAACACCACAACACUGCUACAAAAAAUGAUGCCUGAAUCUCUCUACAGUGCCAUAGCAGAAAUCAAAGCUUACCUGGAGGAGAGCUUUGGCAACGCCACCAGGAUCGAUUAUGGAACCGGUCACGAAAUGGCUUUCAUAAUGUUUCUCUGUUGUUUAUACAAAAUAGGUUUCCUUCAAGCGGAAGAUAAUGUGGCAACAGUAUUCCUGGUAUUUAACAAGUACUUAAAUAUAGUGAGAGAAUUGCAGAAAACAUACAGAAUGGAGCCGGCAGGCAGUCAUGGUGUGUGGAGCUUAGAUGACUACCAAUUUGUGCCGUUUAUUUGGGGAAGCGCUCAGCUAAUUGAUCAGCCAAAGAUAUAUCCUCCUGUCAAGUUUCUAGAGGAUGACAUCAUUGAUAAAUAUGCUGAUGAAUACAUGUUUCUUUCAUGCAUUAAGUACAUAAAAGAAGUAAAGAAAGGUCCAUUUGCAGAGCAUUCUAACCAACUAUGGAGCAUAAGCUCUGUCGGCUCAUGGGCAAAAAUCAAUCAAGGUUUAAUUAAGAUGUACAAAAAAGAAGUACUCAGCAAGUUCCCUGUGGUGCAGCACAUCAUGUUCGGGUCCCUACUCCCCAUACGUCGGUUCCCCCUUCAUCAGUAAACAAAAAGUUUGGACUGUAAAAGUGUAAACUGCAAUAUGUGUUCCGUGUAUGUCAGUCAGUUUUAUUAUUAUUAUUUGUUCGAU